GCACACAGGGCUGCGUGAGUACAGAGGGGAAGAAGAGAGAGAGAACGAACGGAGAAAUAGAAGAGAGGGACAGGGAGGGAGUAGAGAAGACCGUGGAGCCCGCGGCACUGAUGGAACAACAGGAUAUAUAACCGUUCCCUGGACACCGUAUUCCAUGCCUCUCCUCUGUCGGGGCCUCGUCAUUGAUGGGCAACCACUUGGACCGUAUCACCCAUCUCAGCUACAGCGAGCUGCCAACCGGCGAUCCGUCCGGAGUGGAGAAAGAGGAGCUCAGGGUCGGCGUAGCUUACUUCUUCUCCGACGAAGAGGAAGAGGUGGACGACGGAGGAGGAGGAGGAGGAGGUUACCCUUGCGCCAGCCAGGAGAGCCCCGGGGCGGUCAGUGAGCUGGAGUACUCCGCAUUCUGCUCCCAGGAAUGCAUCUUCUCCAAGCUCCGCGAAAACCAGGACUUGAACGUGUACUCCGCCAAAACAUUGCUCUCCAUGUGCAAGCCAGGGGACCUUGUGGAACUAGUAUCCACAUCACAGGCACCUCACUGGGCUGUGUACGAGCUCAACGACCAGGUGAUACACCUGCAUGAGGGGGAGAUACGGAAGGACAGCCUGACUGAGAUUGGACGGGGCCGGCGUGGACGGAUAGUGAACAGCCGCUACCGCUUCCGGCCGCUGCCUGCCAACCUGGUCGUGCAGAACGCCACUGGGCACCUCGGCCUGAACAGCGGGGAGAUCUGCUGGACCAACUCGGAGAGCUUCGCCGCUUGGUGCCGCUUCGGGAAGCGGGAGUUUAAGAAGGGAGGCGAGGCACACUCGGCGGCGCAGCAGUACUUUCUCAAGGUGCACUUUGACGUCGGGACUCGGAGUGGACACGCCCACACGCUGGUCUUCCGUAGCCUGGAAGACAUGAUCUGGGAGCGCAGGCGUGUGGAUGCCAGCGGGAUUCUGAAAGAGUUGUCUUUAGGGGUCAACGGUGGGAAGGAGUGAUUGAUUUUGGAAUUCUAAUUAAAAUGAUGGCCUAUACCUCUUCUCUUUCUUCUCCACACACACACACACACACACACACACUCACACUCACACUCACACACAGCGAAAGAGAGGAAGGACUUGUUGUGUAUGUAGGCUGUCGGAAUACUGUGGGCAGACCGAGGACGAUGCUCUGUGACUCUGUAGGAGACAGAUGUGAUCAUCAUGCUGCAGGCAGACCGAGGACGAUGCUCUGUGACUCUGUAGGAGACAGAUGUGAUCAUCAUGCUGCAGGCAGACCGAGGACGAUGCUCUGUGACUCUGUAGGAGACAGAUGUGAUCAUCAUGCUGCAGGCAGACCGAGGACGAUGCUCUGUGACUCUGUAGGAGACAGAUGUGAUCAUCAUGCUGCAGGCAGACCGAGGACGAUGCUCUGUAGGAGACAGAUGUGAUCAUCAUGCUGCAGGCAGACCGAGGACGGUGCUCUGUAGGAGACAGAUGUGGUCAACCUGCUGCAGGCAGACCGAGGACGAUGCUCUGUGACUCUGUAGGAGACAGAUGUGAUCAUCAUGCUGCAGGCAGACCGAGGACGGUGCUCUGUAGGAGACAGAUGUGAUCAUCAUGCUGCAGGCAGACCGAGGACGAUGCUCUGUAGGAGACAGAUGUGAUCAUCAUGCUGCAGGCAGACCGAGGACGAUGCUCUGUAGGAGACAGAUGUGGUCAACCUGCUGCAGGCAGACCGAGGACGGUGCUCUGUAGGAGACAGAUGUGAUCAUCAUGCUGCAGGCAGACCGAGGACGAUGCUCUGUAGGAGACAGAUGUGAUCAUCAUGCUGCAGGCAGACCGAGGACGAUGCUCUGUGACUCUGUAGGAGACAGAUGUGAUCAUCAUGCUGCAGGCAGACCGAGGACGAUGCUCUGUGACUCUGUAGGAGACAGAUGUGAUCAUCAUGCUGCAGGCAGACCAAGGACGAUGCUCUGUAGGAGACAGAUGUGAUCAUCAUGCUGCAGGCAGACCGAGGACGAUGCUCUGUGACUCUGUAGGAGACAGAUGUGGUCAACCUGCCAAGAGAAGAACAGGAAAUAACACUCAACCAUUUUCAUGUAGACAUUGACAACUGCUCUUGCUUGUUAGAGUGGUUUCUCUCCACCUCUGAUAAGUCACCAUGUACCUUUAAAAGCCACAUAGCACACGACUCCACUCACUCAUUUCUUUAAGGGUAACAGAAUUCUGUCUCUCUCUCUCUCUCGCUGUCUCUCUCUCUCUGUCUCGCUCUGUCUCUCUCUCGCUCUGUCUCUCUGUCUCUGUCUGUCUGUCUGUCUGUCUGUCUGUCUGUCUGUCUGUCUGUCUGUCUGUCUGUCUGUCUGUCUCUGUCUAUUUUUCUCUCUUUCUGCAUAGGGCACAUGCUGCUGCGGCAGACUACGGUAAGAGAGAAAGAGAGAAAGAAAGCGGGACUGAGAAGGAGAGAUGUUUCUUGGAUUGCUCCGGG